AUGCAUAUCGCUUUUGAGAAGUUACCAUUGAUGAAGGUGAGUGGUAUCCCAUGAAGAUAGCCUACCUGUAUCUCAGUUUAAGUGUGUAGGCCUAAGACUUAUACAUAUAUGAAUAGUUGUUUAAAGGUAAGUCGUUAUGAUAUUCGCAAAUUAAUGUUCUUAAUUUAAUUCGCAACGAAAACAAAUGUGUAACUUGAUAUUGGUGGGGUGGGGUGGGGUGGGGUGGGGGGAGUUCGAUAUUGUAUAACGUUCAUAAUAUUAAUUUAAUUUAGUAAAACAAAGUCAAUCACAUUAUCUUGGCUACAUGACUCCAUGUUUCGCUUUAGGUUUCCAUUUCUCCGGUGGGCGUCAGCAUCACUAGAAAAGGGAAGGCAAGGACUCUGGGUUUAGGAGUCAAUAUGAUACCCUUUGUGGCAUUGUGCAAAUAUUGUAAGUAUUUCCUUUUUCUUCAACACAUCUGACUUUAGCUUAGUUAUAAUGACAAAUUGACUUGUGGUCAAAGUUCAUAGCCUAUAUUUUUGUUUAUUUGAAGAAUUUGUAAAAAUGCAUUGUUUCAGGGAGUCCAGAAAUACAUUGAGCCUACUGUCAAAAUAACAAGUACUGCAUCACCUUAUGGGGCAAUGAAAAUACAAUAAAACAUUUGAUAAUCUAUGUCUAAUUGCAAAACAAUAACUUCUACUUUUGUGAAAACUUUUUGUUGAAUUCCAACAACUUAUUGGAAAGUAGAGAAGGAGAUGUUGUUCAGGAACAUUCUUAAAGUCAUUCUAGAUAUAGUUUUGUGAUUUUGGUGUGAAAACAAGAAUAGCCUCACAGACUGCAUGUCAUUAAUGUAUGUUGCAUCUACUUGAAUAAUAUAUCCCUCUGUAGCAUUUAAAAAAUAUAUAUUUUUACAUGAUUUUUAUAUUGUAAGCCUGCAGGCCUAUAAAACAUUUACUUUUGCUCUUUUCCAGUUCCUGUCGCUAUAGUUGUGAUCAUAGUUUUCAGUGUCAAUGGAUACAUUGAGGAUCCUCUUUUUGAGUGCCUGCAAGAUUCAGACUAUGCCGAACUCCUUGAAAUUGUGGACAGAGGUCUUCCCUUCACAAAGACACCUCAUCAUAUUGCCAUCAUCGGUGGUGGUAUUGCUGGACUGACUGCAGCAAAGUUUCUGGAGGACGCAGGGCACAAGGUACAGUAUCUUUCAUAACAUUUCCUGUGUCAAUGUCAACACAAUUAAUUACAUUGACAUGUGCUAAUUUACAUAUGAUUGACAUACUCAGAAAGGAAUUUAGUGUCAGUAUUGUAAUUAUCUGGUUAUGACUAAUAAUAGGCCUACAGUGCAAAAGGGGGAAACUGAUAUCUUUUGUUUUUUUGAACAAGGUGACUUUAAUAGAGGCGAGUGGUCGAAUUGGAGGACGGGUGGAGACCUACAGAAAUAGAAGAGAAGGAUGGUAUGCAGAGCUGGGUGCUAUGAGGAUCCCUAGCUUUCACAAGUGAGUAAGGCCUAUUGUCCUACCACAUGAAAUAGGUAGCUACCUCUUAUCCCCUAUCUUCAUAUGUUAUUGUUGAAAAGAGGUCAAGCAUCCUAUCUCAAAUUAAUCAUUAUUUGAUACUGAUGCAUAUCCUAUAGAGUUGCAUGAGAAUGAUAGCAAGUGUUUACUUUAACCAUCAAUACAAAGUUAACUAUGGCAUUUUUAAUUCAACAGAAUUCUUUUAUCAUUUACAUCAAAAAUGGGCCUUGGACUGAAUCAAUUUAUCCAGGAUGACAUCAACACAUAUUACCAUGUGAACGGGUUGCUGCAGAAAACAUAUAGAGUUAAAGAGAACCCAGACGUGCUGAACUAUCCCUUGACUGACAAGGAAAGGGGAAAAUCGGCUGGUCAGCUCUUCGACUUGGCCCUGUGGAAGGUGUGUGCAAAGGGAGGGGGGCUCCAAACACAGCAUUAGACUCCUGUGGUGGAACACUGUGUAAUGUUAAAUGUUAUAUACAUGUACAGUAUGUGUCACAUAACACAGUUAAAACAAAUAAGUUAUACAAAUGAUUUGUUGUAGAUAAGGGAUGAUUUGAAGACAGCUGGCUGCGAGGCCACGUUGAGAAAAUAUGACUCGUACUCAGUCAAGGUAAGAAAACACUUGGUUGCUUAUAGAUAACCAUCAGACAAGAUACGUGAUUAUUGUCAGAGGCUAAAUUGGUAUGCACUUUGCCACUUUCCUUACUAGAAAUGGGAAUGAAUAUGUUUUUAUAUAUCUUUAUUCAGCCAUUUUAAUGAUUGUUGUUUUCUGACAGGAGUAUCUAGUGAAGGAGGGGAACCUGAGUCGUGGUGCCCUGCGCAUGAUUGGAGAUAUCCUGAAUGAGAACAGCCUCUUCUACGCAUCACUUACUGAGAUGCUGUAUAUUCAGUCGGAUAUUAACGACAACACCGUGUAAGCACACCACUAUGCACAUAUAAUCAAAUUAGACACCCCGCCCUAUAUCUAGUGUUUGUUAGUAGUGUAUUAAAGUAGUGUAAUGUUCUCUGUUUUUCAGCUAUUACGAGAUCACUGAUGGGUUUGACCAUUUACCAAGGGCAUUUUACCAGGGCCUCAACUGCACCAUCCUUCUCAACUCCAAGGUCCGACUCAUCAGUCAAACCAGCAGCAACGUGACCGUAGCCUACCAGAACUGGCGCAAUCCAUCCUCCCUGACCAACCUCACAGUAGACUACGCCCUGGUGACAGCUACAGCGAAGGCCACCCUCUUCAUGGACUUCCAACCCCGGCUGUCACCCCAGAAGAUGGAGGCCCUGCGGUCCGUGCACUACGCCAGCUCCACCAAGGUGGUCCUCAGCUUCAGCGAGAGAUUCUGGGAAAAGGAGGGCAUCAAAGGGGGGAAGAGCAUCACGGAUCUCCCCUCUCGUUUCAUCUACUACCCUAGCCACAGCUUCCCAGGCACGGCUGGGGGGGCUCUCCUGGCGUCCUACACCUGUUCCGAUGACUCCACUCUGUUCCAGGGGGUGAGCGAGGAUGAGCUGAAGGCCUUGGUGCUGGAUGACCUGGUAAAGAUCCAUGGAGAGGCUAUACGUCCUCUCUGCACUGGGGGGUUGGUGAAGAAGUGGGGGCUGGAUCCCUUCAGUCUGGGGGCUUUUGCCAUUUACACCCCUUACCAGCAGACGGACUACGCCGCGGACCUGUUCAGGAAUGAGAGCAGGGUCCACUUUGCUGGGGAGCACACGGCCCUACCUCACGCUUGGAUCGAGACUGCCAUGAAAUCUGCACUAAGGGCUGCCAGGAACAUCAGUAACCUGGCAUGA